AACAUUACAUCCAGAUUGCUUUCACAGUAGCAUUUAAAUUAAUAAUCCAGCACUCCACAGAGCAGUCAGGAGAGACGCCGCUGAAAGAGUAGAACUUCUACACUAAAUAUCUACGCGACCCUGCUUCACACUGCGUAAGUGCUGCGUUUUUCAGGAUCUGGCCUCCCCAGGUGGACGAUGGCGACUGCACGGGUGUCGGCCCCAAACCUGACGACUUCCUCUGCAGACACGGAGGACUACAGCGUUUAUGCUAACAUGUCUGAGGACCAGCUCCUGCAGCUAGCUAUUGAGCGAAGUCUAGCUGAUGCUAAUACUCAGCAAAUCUGCUCUCACACACCGAGACUGAUGGCUCAGUGUUCACAUCUCCCACGGUCUCAGAGGGUCCCUCCUCCUGCAAACCCACCUGCAAACCCACCCGCUAAUCCACCUGCAAACCCACCCGCUAACCCAUCAGCUAAUCCACCGGCUAAUCCACCGGCUAAUCCACCGGCUAACCCACCACUCAGUGAGAAACAAUGCUCAAGAAUCAACCGAGAUGCUCAAAACCAUUUAUUCAGGAAGGACAAGCAGGAAGUGAUUGCUUGGACAAGAUACAAUGGAUUUCUAAGGGUUACUGUCGAAUCGGUCAAUGAUUUAGACCCUUUUCUCUCAGCAAUUUGGAAAGGUGAUGCUAAGGCUCUAAGUGCGCUAAUUCAAACCAAAUCCAGAAAACUUUUGGAAGCUAAUCAGGAUGGUUGGCUCCCCCUGCACGAGUGUGCUUACUACGGCCAUGUUGACUGUCUAAAGAUUUUACUAAGUGCCGAGCCAGAGACGAUUAACAGUCGCACCCUGAAGAACCAAACUCCGCUUCUUCUGGCCGUGACUCGCCGACAUUCAGCUUGUGUCCUUUAUCUGUUGGAGAAGGGUGCUGAUCCCAACCUGGCAAACAACCAGUGGGAGACUCCACUAUACAAAGCUUGUGAAAAGGGAAAUGAAGAAGUUGUCGGUUUUCUGAUAAGAUACGGAGCAUCAACAACCAAGUCGUCUGUGCAAGGCAUAACACCAUUGCAUGAAGCAGUGACAAGCAAAAAUGUGGAGAUGUGCAAGAUGCUGCUGCAAGCAAAGGCAAAUCUGAUGGCUAAAAACAUUUAUGGCAUAGAUCCGCUAUUUACAGCAGCUCAGUGUGGUGCUGCUGAAGUUCUUAGCUUCCUGCUCAUGAAAGGUGCAGAAGUCAACACUCAGGCUAACGAUGGAGCCUCGGCCUUGUUUGAAGCCUCUAAAAAUGGUCACCGUGAAGUCGUGGAGAUUCUCUUGUCCAGAAGGGCUGAUGUUAACAAAUCUAACAAAGCUGGACUACUUCCUAUUCAUGUUGCUGCUAAAAACGGACAUGCUGAAAUUGUUGCGAUGCUAAUACCAAGAACUAGCAGAGCUAAAAUAAGGCGCUGUGGCAUCAGUCCUCUUCAUAUGGCCGCAGAACGCAACAGAGAUGGUGUUCUUGAGAUGCUGAUAGAUGCCGGUUUUGAUGUCAACUCCAUGCUGUCGGAGGAUUGGUCCAAAAUGUAUGAGGAUCAUCGCAGCACCGUGCUCUACUGCGCCGUGUCCAACAGUAAUAUCGAUGCGGCCACAAUGCUUCUGGAGGCUGGGGCCAACCCAAACCUGGACACCUUCAAUCCUCUGCUUGUUGCUGUGAGGAAGGGCUACAUGGAAAUGGUCAAGCUUCUGGUCAACCAUGGUGCAAAUAUUAACUCCAUUCUCCCAACUCACCCCACCGACUUCCCGGCCGCUUUGAUUUUUUGCAUGAAUUUCUUGCCCAUGUUUAAGUACCUAAUGGAUAAUGGGUGCGAUGCCCUAUCGUGUUUUACGUGUGACUAUGGUAGCAAUUCUCACCCACCCAUGAAAUCCAGCAGAGAUGGAAGGGACAGGCUAUAUUACAUCAGUGAUGAAAAUUCAGAAAGCUGUGUACAGUUCUGUGAGAUGAUCUCAAGGUCAUCAGUCUCCAGUUGGGCUGGACCUGUCAUAGACAUACUGCUAGACUACGUGGGUCAUGUGAAGCUCUGUUCCAGACUUACCGAACACCUGGACAGUUACAGUGAAUGGGCUCAAAUCAAAGACAAAGCAAUGCCUCCUCGCCCCUUGAUGCAUCUCUGCAGAAUAAAGAUUCGUCAGCAGCUGGGAAUCCAGAGACUAAGACAGAUGAACAAUCUUCCUCUACCUGGGAGGCUUAUCAAGUUCUUACGGCAUGAGAAAGAAUCGUUUUCUGAUAUCCUGUGAAAGGUUGGACUUUGAAAAACAGUCUCAGAUUUCUUCUAUUUUUCUGGAUAAGUGAUGCCAUGACUUUAACAAAUAUAACAAAAAGAAAUAUCCAGGAAGCUCCUUAAAGCUGAUAAAGAUGUGUAAAUUCUCGAUUUGUAAGUUUUGCUAAGUUGUGAGAUUGAUGUUAUUACUGAUUUUAUUGUUUUAUGUGUUUAGUCAAACCAGCUGUUUUGUUUUAGGCAACUGAUUUUCUUUUUGCAUUAAAUAUAUUUACUGCUUUUUAUGCUUUAUUCAAUCAGAUUCGAUUAAAAAAAUCAUCCAUGUGAAAUUUCACAGCAAAUACCAAGUUAGCUUGUUGUAAAUUGACUUAUUAUGGGGCGCCUGAUCAUUUCUUGAGUUCUGAUUGGCUGAAAUGGUGACCGUAUACAUUUGAAUCUAAAGUUGAUGAACAGAAUUUUAAAAGUGUUGUGACACCAAAAUUUGGAUUUUUUAUUUUUACAAUUUUUAUUCAAAUUGUAUUUUCAAAAACAUCAAAUUUAGUUUUAAUACAAAUUCAGUUUGUAGAAUACAAAGUCAACUUAAUCCAACUUCAGCACUUAAUACAAUUUCAAAGUAAAGGUAGCAAUUUAAGAUUUAUAUUUAUAUAAUUUUUUAUUUAUAUUAUAUAUAUUUUUUGAACCACAGUAAUGUAAGAAACGUGACUUUGAUAGCGCUGCUGCUGAGUAUUUAAUUCCAGUACCAGCUAGCCGAAGUUAUCUUAAUGAACAGGAAGACAAUUCCAUAUAAUAUGUUACUAUAUGUGUAGUAUAGUUUAAUGUUUUACAUUUAAUUUAACAAUUAUUAUUAUUAUUAUUAUUAUUAUUAUUAGGAAAGGUUUACAUCUGGAAGCUGAUGACUGCUAUAUAAUCGAGGCGCUGUUAUGAAAUACAUGAGGUUUACUGUGAAUCACUGUGCAUUAUAUUCUGUGUAAUAGUGUACAGGAUGUGUAUAAUAUUGUAUAUGAUGUAUGAUAAAUAUGUUUUUACAACACAUUUGCGGUUGCUUAAAUAAAAUAAAUAACAUU